AUGGAGGGACUGCUGUCCUUCCUGAAGCUUCCGUUGUCCUAUGGACACGAAGCGUUUAAGCAGCAUUGGCCCCACACGCCACAUGAAGCCAACCUGGUCGUCGAAAGACUUCAUGACCUGGCACGUGCACUGCUGUUUGGAGCCAGGAAGGAUGAUGCAAUCGUCGCAUCUUUCCUGGAGAAGAGGGGCCUAAGCAUCCUGUUAGAAGCUCUGCUAGCAGUCGCAACUCCGGAGAUGAUACGAACACAGGCGUGGCAGUCCCUGAGCGUAAUCCUGCUCAACGUGAAGGAGGAUGCUUUACAAAGGUUGAUCCGUGGGCGCGAGUUGGACUUGUUGUGGUCUGGUGAGCCGGAUCUUCGCACAGAGGAGCUGGGAAGUUGUGCAAGUUGCGCCCCUUGCGGCGUGAAGCAAGUUUUGUCACAAUGGCUCAAUCCAUCUGACCCACAACAGAGAUUGCAAGGAAAGUCUUCUCUCAUCUUCUCUCUACUCUAUAUACACAGUAUAUUGGCAAACUAA